CCCGCCCGCGCGCUCCCGCCGCCGCCCGCCCGUGGCCGUGCCCGCGGCCGCGCGGGGCUGCGCGCACCCCCCCCGUCCCCUCCCGUUGUCCCCCGUACCCCCCCCCCCCCCCCCAACGCCGUUAACGGCGCCGGAGCCCGCGGCGCGCCGUCCAUGCGAGACCCCCGCGGCCCGGGCAGCGCGCAGCGACCCCCGGCAGGGCCAGGCAUGUGAAGAUGUCAGUGGGCUGUGCAUGCCCUGGCUGUUCCUCUAAGUCAUUCAAGCUGUACUCGCCAAAGGAGCCCCCGAACGGCAACGCCUUCCCCCCCUUCCACCCGGGCACCAUGCUGGAUCGAGAUGUGGGCCCUACUCCCAUGUACCCACCUACGUACCUGGAGCCUGGCAUCGGGAGGCACACGCCGUACGGCAACCAGACCGACUACAGGAUAUUUGAGCUCAACAAGCGGCUGCAGAACUGGACAGAGGAAUGUGACAAUCUGUGGUGGGACGCCUUCACCACGGAGUUCUUCGAGGAUGACGCCAUGCUAACAAUCACUUUCUGCUUGGAGGAUGGACCAAAGAGAUACACGAUCGGCCGGACUCUGAUUCCCCGCUACUUCCGCAGCAUCUUUGAAGGAGGGGCCACAGAGCUCUACUACGUGCUCAAGCACCCCAAGGAGUCCUUCCACAACAACUUCGUCUCGCUGGACUGCGACCAGUGCACCAUGGUCACCCAGCACGGCAAGCCCAUGUUCACCCAGGUGUGCGUGGAAGGGCGGCUCUACCUGGAGUUCAUGUUCGACGACAUGAUGAGGAUAAAGACGUGGCAUUUCAGCAUCCGCCAGCAUCGAGAGCUCAUCCCCCGCAGCAUCCUUGCCAUGCAUGCACAGGACCCCCAGAUGCUGGACCAGUUAUCCAAGAACAUCACCCGCUGUGGGCUCUCAAACUCCACACUCAACUACCUCCGACUCUGUGUAAUCCUAGAACCAAUGCAGGAGCUCAUGUCACGGCACAAGACCUACAGCCUCAGUCCCCGGGACUGCCUCAAGACCUGCCUGUUCCAGAAGUGGCAGCGGAUGGUCGCGCCGCCUGCGGAGCCAGCGCGGCAGCAGCCCAGCAAGCGCCGGAAAAGGAAGAUGUCGGGGGGCAGCACCAUGAGCUCCGGCGGGGGAAACACCAACAACAGCAACAGCAAGAAGAAGAGCCCGGCCAGCACCUUUGCCCUGUCCAGUCAGGUACCUGAUGUGAUGGUGGUAGGCGAGCCCACGCUGAUGGGGGGGGAGUUUGGGGACGAGGACGAGCGGCUCAUCACCCGGCUGGAGAACACGCAGUUCGACGCCGCCAACGGCAUCGACGACGAGGACAGCUUCAACAACUCGCCCGCGCUGGGGGCCAACAGCCCCUGGAACAGCAAACCGCCCUCCAGCCAGGAGAGCAAGUCAGAGAACCCCACGUCGCAGGCGUCGCAGUAACGGCCCUGCGGCCCCCCUCAACCCCCCCGCGGACUCAGUCCAAACCGAUCUACCUGUACAUUUGCAACGGAGAGUGACUGGGAAGCGGCGAGGUACCGGGGCGCACCGGCGCCGCGCGGCCGGCGGGAUGCACGGCCGGGGGCGAGCCCCAGCCCUCUCGCCCCCUGCCGCCCCCCUGCUUCCCCUCCAGACCCCAGCGCAGGGGUGGGUAUCCGGGGCUGUAGCUUCGUUAUUCCCCCCUUCUCCCUCUUCCUCCCUGCUUCUGCCCCGGAGAGCUUCUCAUCGUCCCCUCCUGGUGCGCCCAGCCCCUGCCUGCUGAAUGGGGGGAGCGGGGGCGCAGCCGCCCUGCGUUGGGGUCCAGCCCAGCACCGCGACCCUCUUCCUCCUCCUCCUCUUCCUCGCCCCGGGUCUGACAGCUGGGGUUUGCUGGGCAGCAGCCCGCAGGGUUGGUCGCACAUCUCCAGCCCGACCUGGGGCUGGGGGGGGUCGGCGAAGGACAAAGCCCCCACCCAGGGGUCAGAUCCUGCUGCGCUGGGGGUGCUGUCAAGGAUCUGGCAUUUCCCCGCUCUCCUGCCCCCCCCACUUUGCUCCCCAUCCCCUCUCUCGCCCCACAGCAGGGCCCACGGGGACUGUGUACAUAGGAAUUGCCUGGCAGGGAGGUGGCUGGGGGGCGCGGGGGGGCCCGAGGCCGCAGGUCUGUGCCGGUGGCCGGUGCCCUCGCUCCGUGCCUGCGGCCCCUGCGUUCCUGCCUGGAGCACCCUGGCCACCCCCCGGCUCCCGGUACCUCCUACUUUUGUCUUUUUUUUUUUU